AUGGCAAUGAGAAAUGACAAAAUAACACCUUUCACUAUAGUUGAGUAAAGUUAAGUUAAAUGGAUCAUUUUCUCUUUGUUAGAUGUUAUGUUAUUCAAUUGCAAUUUAAAAGAACUAUUUAGAAAAAUACAUUUGGAUGUUCAAAACCAAGAAUUGUACAUUCAAAAUCAGGGUUUAGAUGAUAAUUUUAUGGGAAAAGAUAUCAGGUAGUUACUUAAAGGAAUGAGACUAUUUUAUAUAAAUUGUAUUAAAAUGGGAAUUUAUAUGUUUUAAUACAUUGUAAAUUAAAUGCUGAUAUUUCAAGCAUGCAAUAUUGAUACUCUAGCAUAAUCAAGAUAUUCUAAUUUAAUGUUAUUAAAAAUCAAAACAUUAUAGGUGAAGAAUUGUAAACUUUAAAAAUUAUUAAUAGAACAAUGUAUGAUUGUGUAAGGCAUCUUAUUAAUUUAUUAGAACUUGAUAAAAUUGAAUUUUAAGUCACUAUGAGGAAGUUGGCUAAAUUAAGCGAUGGUUUGAUGAGAUCAUUUAUGGAACCAAAAAUGAUGUAUCUUAGGAAAUGA